UGCAAACAGGACGGACGUCACUUUUUCGUGUCGCUUAUUGUCGCCAACGCGUCGCCGUCGCUCGGAGUCGGAGCCCAAACAUUUGUUUCACAUUUAAAAAUCUUUAGCAGUGACAAUAAAUAAAUGUGCUUAUUAUUUACUUAGUUAAUUGCAAGUCCAAAAGAAAUAAGAUACAAAAAGGAAAGUUCCAGCGAAAAUUUAAAAAUAAAAAAAAACGGACGCAGCUUCCUUUCGGCAAACGUUUGUCUGUGUGUGCGUGUUUUUGUUUGUUUGUUGUUAUUGUGUUUGUAGCUGUUGUUUCGUAUUAGGCAAGCAGCAAAACGUGAUAUGCAAAUAACAACUGUAACAACAACAAGUAAAAACAACAGCUAAAGCUACGCAGCAGCGAGAUAAAACGAAAAUUGCGCGCCAAAAAGUAGCAGCGAAACAAAAGGAUUUAUAAAACAGACACACGCUCAGCGUAUAAAAAAUACCUAUACAAACGCAAGCAGCUGAGAGAGCAGUCAAUAUAACAAUAACAACAAAAACAACAACAGCAGCAGCAACGAAAUCAAAACAGAAGCGCGCAAAGACGCAGUCUGCGAAAAAUUCCAGUUUCAUCUUAAUUUCACCACUGCACAAAAAGGACGCCCAGAAGGCGACGACACUUGAAGCAUUUGGCUGUGUGAUACAGCGACUCGUAGGCAUAGCUUGGGCGAGCAGUCAACUGACACGAUGAUGUCCAUGUCCACCUCGCCGCCGGCGACGCCAACGGGCGUCCAAACGGAUGAUCAGGGCCUCAUAUUGCCAAAGAAGUUGAUCAAUCCCUGCAUGGAGAACACCGACCGUAAAGAGCUGCAUCGCGAGCUCAAGUUCAAUGCGCGCAUUGGCAAAAGCGUGCUCAAUCAGAAGACGGAACUGCAACGGGCCUAUGAGAAGCAAAAGGAGCGGCAUGCCGCGGCUAUUGAACAGCAUUCGCCUGAAACGGAGUUGGCUGGACUCAAAGGAGAGCUGGGGCGCGUCAUCAUGGAGCGUGCCCAGAAGCAUGGGGCAGCUGCGCAGAAACAGGAUGCCGAAGACGCUGAGGAGCGUCAAUAUGUCAAUCCCGAAUAUUUAAAUGUGCGCGCCAAGCUGCGUACGGCGCAUGCGCCCAAUUAGAAAAAAAAAGUUUAAAAAAAAAAAAACAAAAAAAAAAUAAUAAAAUAAUUAAGAAAAUUCUGUAAUCCUUUGAAGAGCUAAUCUAAGUUGUGAGCCAACCAAAUUUCUGUUUAAU